AUGAGCAUCCCAACACCCCUCUACGAACCCGCCCAAGUGCCGCGCAUCAAAAACGCAAAACGCCUCACCACCACGCGCACCAAGCAGCUCCUCCGGGCCGCAGAUCGAGCAUACAAUGAUCCGCCCCCGCCGCCUGCGCUGGGCGAUUGCUGUGGGAGUUCAUGCGAUCCCUGCGUGAACGAUUUGUGGAAGGAAGAAUUGGCGUGUUGGAGGGAGCGGUGGGGGGAUGGGGCAGUGGAGGAUAAGGAUAAGGAUAAGGAUGCGAAUGCGAAUGCGGAUAACAAGAUGGAUAAGGGGGAGGAGGAAGAGGAGAAGGAGAGACGGAUGCCGGGGAGUUGGGAGUGGUGA